AAGAACUUGAGAAGAUGCUGGUGAUCUUAGGAAUACUUAUCUCUCUCUUUUCUUUCCUGUACAUGGCAGCUCCAUUCAUCAGGAAGUUCUUUGCUGGUGGGGUAUGUAGAACAAGUGCACAGCUUCCUGGGAAAGUGGUGGUGAUCACUGGCGCCAAUACAGGCAUCGGCAAGGAGACGGCCAGAGAGCUCGCUCGCAGAGGAGCCCGGGUCUACAUUGCCUGCCGAGAUGUCCUAAAGGGGGAGUCUGCUGCCAGUGAAAUUCGAGCAGAUACAAAGAACUCCCAGGUGUUGGUGCGGAAACUGGACCUCUCAGACACCAAAUCCAUCCGAGCCUUUGCAGAGAAUUUUCUGGCAGAGGAAAAGGAGCUCCAUAUCCUGAUCAAUAAUGCAGGAGUGAUGAUGUGUCCAUAUUCCAAGACAGCGGAUGGCUUUGAGACCCACCUGGGAGUCAACCACCUGGGUCACUUCCUUCUCACCUACCUCUUGGUGGAGCAACUGAAGAAGUCUGCUCCUGCCCGGGUAGUGAACCUGUCGUCCGUGGUCCACCACGCUGGCAAGAUUCGAUUCCAUGACCUCCAGGGUGAGAAGCGCUACAGCCGGGGUUUCGCCUAUUGCCACAGCAAGCUGGCCAAUGUACUUUUUACUCGGCAGCUGGCCAAGAAGCUCCAAGGCACUGGGGUAACCACAUAUGUGGUGCACCCCGGCAUCGUCCGCUCCGAGCUGGUCCGCCACUCCUUCCUCCUGUGCCUGCUCUGGAGGCUCUUCUCCCCGUUGGUCAAGUCAGCGCGGCAGGGGGCGCAGACCACCUUGCACUGCGCCCUGGCUGAGGGCCUGGAGCCCCUGAGUGGCAAGUACUUCAGUGACUGCAGGAAGGCUUGGGUGUCUCCCAAGGCCCGAAAUAACCAAACUGCAGAGCGCCUGUGGAACGUCAGCUGUGAGCUUCUCGGAAUCCAAUGGGAGUAG